AAAUUCAUUCAUUUUUGUAAUUUUUACCCUCACUUACAGAAUCGAUAUCCAGAUUAGCAUCAAAUACAUUCGUCGGGAUUGGUCAAUAUCCAAUCUCAAUUUCUCAAUAUAGCCUGAAUAUAAAUCAUAAACUUUUUCAUCACUUGAUUAUUUUUUCUAUGGUGUCUCUGUGGUUCAUAGAGUGGCUCUGUAGUGGAUCUUGAUAUUGUUGAUUGUAUAUCAUUUGUAGGUUAUUUUGUCGUGUGAGAACUAUUUUAAAACUAUUUCGUGAAAUCAUGUUAUAUAAAUGUAUCUUGGUAAAUUUGUAAAAUAUUUAGUACGUUUCAAUUGAUUGCUUUGUGAUCCUAUAAUUUUAUAAUAUAAUGCUGUUUUUUUUCUGCGACGAUUAUUGAUGUCGUGAUCAGAUCCUUUACUGGAGAUAAUAAUAUUCUACUGAAAUUUAGUUGAAUAUAUUGAAAAAGGAUGUCAGAUGACUCGAACUUGUAUAGAUUAGACGGAACUGAAGGAAAUCAAGCAGGAGGCUUGAUCAUUCGUAAGAAAGCUUCAGAUCAUACUUUUAAGAAGCCUUCUCUGUUAGGCCUCGAGAAGCUUGCAGAACGAAAAAGAAGAGAACAUUCGCAGGAACCUACUAGCUCAAAGUCUGACAGAUAUGAAGGAAAAGACAGGAGAUAUCGAUCUUAUGAAGAAGAAACUCCUACUCACACUGGUGGUGUCAACUCUGAAGCACAACGGAGAUUAGAAUCACGACUCAAACGUCAAAGAUUAAAUGUAGAUGAUAGAGGCUUUAGAAGUUCACACAGGAGUCGUGAGAGAGAUAGAGACAGACGAAGAGACAGGGACAGGGAAAGUCGGGGUAGAGAUAGUAUGAGGCAAACGCCUCUUAGAUUCAAAGAUGAACCCCAGACACCCAAAUUCCGAAUGAAAGAUCCUACUUCUAAGAGUAAUUGGGAUGACGACGAAGAUGAAGAACCACGACGAUCAAGCUGGGAUCAUCCAACACCGAAUAUUUAUAAUAAAGAUGGUCGCGACAGCAUCAGAAGUGAAUUUACUCCUUCCUACAAGUACAAUCCUUGGAACAAAGAUUUUAAGAAUUCUGGUAUCACUCCAAUGGUAGAUGGGGAAGAAAAGCAAUUGUGGGAGGAAGAACAGCAAAGAUUAGAUAGAGAAUGGUAUGCAUUGGAUGAUGGAGAGAACAAUGCUUUUGCCAACGUGUCCGAGGAAUACACAAGAAAGAAGGAAAUGGAGCUGGAGGCCAGGAGACAGAAACGCCUUUCCGCACAACAACGACAGAUAAAUAAGGACAAUGAAUUGUGGGAGCGUAACCGUAUGUUAACAUCGGGAGUUGUGAGCUCGUUGGAUCAUGACGACGAUCCCGAUGACGAGGGUGAAGCGAGAGUUCACUUGUUGGUCCAUAACGUGGUCCCGCCAUUCCUGGAUGGUCGCAUCGUGUUCACGAAACAACCAGAACCAGUUGUACCUGUGCGCGAUCCCACUUCUGACAUGGCCCUGGUAGCGAGGAAAGGCUCAGCGCUGGUCAAGGCAUAUCGCGAACAAAAAGAAAGACGUAAAGCACAGAAAAAGCAUUGGGAAUUGGCUGGAACGCACAUUGGUAACAUUAUGGGUGUACACGAUCGACGUAAAGACGACAAGGAGCAUGCGGGACAAGAAACGGAUUUUAAAGCCGGACAGAAAUACGCACGGCACAUAGGAGCAGGAGAGAUAACGGGGGAAGCUAAACACAGAUCGAUUCAGCAUCAAAGAAGAAGUCUCCCCGUAUUCGCAGUACGCCAAGAAUUGCUAAACGUUAUCAGAGAGAAUAGCGUCGUUAUAAUAGUAGGUGAAACAGGUAGCGGUAAGACGACUCAAUUGACGCAAUAUCUUCAUGAAGACGGCUACAGUCGUUAUGGUAUGAUUGGUUGUACUCAGCCUCGAAGAGUUGCUGCUAUGUCUGUUGCAAAAAGAGUGUCUGAUGAAAUGGCAACUGCUCUAGGCGACAAGGUCGGAUAUGCGAUACGUUUUGAAGAUUGUACUUCGAAAGAUACAAUCAUCAAAUAUAUGACUGACGGUAUUCUACUGAGAGAAAGUUUAAGAGAAGGAGAUUUGGAUCGUUAUAGUGUUGUUAUAAUGGACGAAGCUCAUGAACGGUCGCUUUCCACCGAUGUAUUAUUCGGUCUUCUUAGAGAGGUUGUCGCUAGACGGCAUGACUUAAAAUUAAUAGUAACUUCCGCAACGAUGGAUUGCAGCAAGUUCUCCGCUUUCUUCGGUAACGCGGCAACAUUUCAAAUACCUGGACGCACAUAUCCCGUCGAGGUGCUGCAUGCGAAGAAUCCAGUGGAGGAUUACGUAGAUGCGGCUGUCAAGCAAGUAAUGCAGAUUCAUUUGCAGCCUAAGAGCGGCGACGUACUGGUUUUCAUGCCUGGCCAGGAGGACAUUGAAGUUACUUGCGAAGUUCUGAAGGAACGUUUAGCUGAAAUCGAAUCAGCACCUUCUCUCUCCAUACUGCCCAUUUAUUCCCAAUUGCCGUCGGAUCUGCAGGCAAAGAUCUUCCAAAAGUCUGAGGAUGGUCUUCGCAAAUGCGUUGUGGCAACUAAUAUAGCAGAAACAUCGCUGACAGUCGACGGAAUUGUUUUUGUUGUCGAUUCUGGAUACUGUAAACUGAAGGUGUACAAUCCUCGAAUAGGUAUGGAUGCUCUGCAAGUAUAUCCCGUAUCGAGAGCCAACGCCGACCAACGGCAAGGGAGAGCUGGUCGUACCGGUCCUGGUCAGUGCUACAGAUUGUACACGCGGAGACAAUAUUUGGAUGAAUUAUUAUUAACUGGAGUUCCCGAGAUACAACGUACGAAUUUAGCUAAUACGGUGCUCCUGCUGAAAUCAUUGGGAGUACAGGAUCUAUUAGCGUUCCAUUUCAUGGAUCCGCCGCCACAGGAUAAUAUACUGAACUCGUUGUAUCAGUUGUGGAUUUUGGGUGCGCUCGAUCACACUGGACGCCUUACCGCUCUCGGCCGGCAAAUGGCCGAAUUUCCUUUGGAUCCGCCACAAUGCCAGAUGCUCAUAGUCGCCUCACAACUCAACUGCACCGCGGAUAUCCUCAUUAUCGUCUCCAUGCUGUCAGUUCCAUCAAUUUUCUAUCGACCCAAGGGACGCGAAGAAGAUUCGGAUUCGGCGCGUGAAAAGUUUCAAGUACCGGAAUCAGAUCACCUAACAUAUUUAAACGUGUACAAUCAAUGGAAGGCAAAUGGUUAUUCAAGUUCCUGGUGUAACGAUCACUUUAUACACGCGAAGGCGAUGCGUAAGGUGCGAGAAGUACGGUCGCAGCUCGAGGAGAUUCUGAAACAACAAAAAAUGGACGUCGUCAGUUGCGGUACCGACUGGGAUAUCGUGCGAAAAUGCAUCUGCUCCGCCUAUUUUCAUCAAGCAGCACGUUUGAAGGGUAUCGGCGAAUACGUCAACUGUCGUACUGGAAUGCCGUGCCAUCUUCAUCCCACUUCCGCGCUAUUUGGCAUGGGCUUUACGCCCGAUUACGUCGUAUACCAUGAGCUCGUGAUGACCGCUAAGGAAUACAUGCAAUGCGUCACCGCGGUAGAUGGUCACUGGCUGGCCGAGUUGGGUCCCAUGUUCUUCAGUGUGAAGGAGACCGGUCGGAGCGGUCGCGCGAAACGACGGCAAGCGAUGCAGCACCUUCACGAGAUGGAGCAUCAAAUGAAAGAGGCCGAAGAGGAGAUGAAGGCACGUGCCCAGGAGCAACUCGAACGCGAACAGGCGUCGGUCCGGAAGAAGGAAAUAUUAACGCCUGGCAUUAGGGAACCGGGUACCCCCGCUCCCUAUCGCAACACUCCCGGAAGAUUAGGAUUGUAAUUAGUUUUCCUAUGUAUAAUGUGUAUAAUGUUUUGACACGAGUGCUGUUGCAAAUAUCUUAUUAUCUGCCAAAAGAAAAGCGUACAACAUAUAUAUAUAUAUAUAUAUAUAUAUAUAUAUAUAUUUAACAGGCAUUUUUUUUCUCUAUAACGCGGUUCCGUGAUACAGAAACUGUGCAUAAUUAACAGUUAAAUUUGUAUAUAACCGUAUAUAAUUAAAAUCAUGGAAAGAGAACGGCGAUAUAAUCCAACAAUUCAUCACUAUGGCGCGCUCUUCUAGCAUGUAGCAUUAGUGAUAUAAUUCUUGAUCUUAAUCUCCUCUUUAUUAGAUUUCCAUGCUUUUCUUGCAAUGUGGAAACUACUUAUCUAUAAUGUAUGAUUACAUUACAGUGAUUACUUUCCAAUUUAGAUAACAAUAUAUUUCCUGAUUAAAUACAGAACAGAUAAAUAUACAUGUAUGACAAUUAAAAAAUUCUUUAAAUAAUAAUUAUUGUACAGAGUACUAUGUAUAAAAUAUUAAUGUUGAAUAUGAUAUUUAUAAGAUUUUUUUGUAAAUAAAACUAUUUUUAUCGUGAUAUCGACAAAAUAUUAAAAACUCGUAACCAUGAUGAAAUUGGUGUGUAACUGCUUAAUUCGAUGAAUUAAUUAAAAAGCGUUUAUAUAGUUAAUCCUCGAUCACGUUAAUCAUAGUGCGCAUCAAUAAACACAUAGAUUUGAAGAUUUUAAAAAAUUUAGCAGAAUAUCCAUUCUCUUCUAAUUGAAAUAAUUAUACACUCAAAUAUAAAAUAAAUACAAAAAUUUUCUGCAAUCAUGCUAGCAAUUACAAAAGAUUCAGUACAAAAUUUUACCUGAUUAUGAUUCCACUAGAUUGUUUGAAUCAUUGCUCUAACUUAUUAUCUCUAAAUAAUUUAUUAAUAAGCGGAAAAAACACGAUGUAAUCUUUAAAAAAUAUAUAAUUUUAAAUCCAUGUUAUUUUUUAAAAGAAAAAAAUUACGUAAAAUGUCCAAUAUUGAAUCAUGAGAGAAUAUAGGUUUAAAAAAAAUAUAAGUAAAAUUAUUUUAUUUUAAUGAAGAAAUGGCACGUAACUAAAGAUGCAUAAGCCAUACUUUAAACUUAAUCCGUUCUUUAAAUGUAAAAAUUCUGUAUGCCUUGAAAAAGUGUUAGAUUAUUUGUUAGAAUUUUUACAUAUGCACACACUUGUUAUUUUGAAGGAAUGAAGGAAAAUAUCAUGAGCUAAUUGAAUGGCAGUGUAUCGAAAUAAUUGUGCAAUGCUUUUCACACACAAAUAAAGGUUGGUUCAGAUAUUUUAAUCAGCAUUAAACCAUUCAUUCAUUAUUUAUAAUUGAUGGGAGCUAAGAAUUAUGUACAGAACUCUUGAGUUAUUUUUGAAAAUUAUGAAAUAGACGGAUAUUGUUCUUUGUACAAAUAUUGUCAAAUAGUUUCAGCUCUUUAAAUUACUUAAAAGCCUUAAUAUAGGCUGAGUGCGAGACUUGAGAGAUCUACAACUUUGCCUAAGACUCGAUUGUCCGCGUUUUAUAAUGGUGACGCAUACAUCAUCUUUCUCAUCCAAAUCUGUAUGUAAUUCAUAUUUUUCAAAUUCUGUUAGAACCGCAUCUAAAUUUUCAACUCUCUCAAUAAGUAACACAGCCACUUCCCUCCAAA